AAUUUUAAUGCUAAAAAUCACAUUCUAAUUUUACCGUAUUAUUUUAUUCAAUGGUACUGUACCGUUACCGUAUUUGAUAUGUAUUUGUAAAUAUUUGUACACAAGAGAUUCAGUUUGUUGUUUUUGCUGCAGAAGCCAGACCUAGAAAUGCAAAUUAGAAUCUUGUGUUAAAGGUGAAAUUAAUUAAUUAUACCUAAACAAGAAAUUAAACAGUAUUGUAUAAAGUGAGUUUGUUGAGGAAUCCACUUUGUUUGUACCUUAGUUCAUUAGAACUUCAACAUGACAGAAUAUUGGAAAUCUCAGGCUCGAAAGUAUUGUGAAUUUUGCAAAUGUUGGUUUGCUGAUAACAAAGUGUCCAUAUCCUUUCAUGAGAAUGGUAAGCGCCACAAGGAAAAUGUUCAGAAACACAUAUCGCAGCUUAGCAAAAAGAGUGCCAAAGAAUUCAAACAGAAAGAAAAAAUUGAUGAUGACAUGAAAAAAAUGGAAGCUGCUGCUAUGGCAGCUUACUUAAAUGAUAUUAAGAACAAUGCAGAUCUUACAUCACAGAGUAUUAAUGAUUUAAUAAACCAGAGUGGUAGCAGUGAAGCUACUAUUGUGGUUAGUAAUUCACCCACUUCCAAGGCACCACCAGCCUGGGAAGAAGUCAAGAGUGAUGAUGGAAGCUCCUAUUACUGGAAUACUAUAACAAAUGAAACCACCUGGGAUGCACCGGACGAAUUUGUAUCAGUAGUAGAAAAAGAGAAGAACAAAUUAAAAGAAGAAGCUCAAGAGAAAAAGAAACAGAAAAUAAAAAAACAACAACAAAAACAAGCUCAGAAAGAUGUACAUAUGGAAGUUAAUGCUCACUUAGCAAGAGAGAAAAUGAAAGAAUUAGCGGUUAAAAAGGACCCAGAACCAGUCAAGAAAUUUGUGGACUAUGGACCUGCUCCUCGAGCCAGCAAACCUUAUGGGUCAUGGACCCCAGUUGUUAACCAGCCUGUAGAACAAGUGGACCUUCAGCUUCCAAAGAAUGAAAAAGUGCUGCCGCCGCCCCCAGUAGUGGUGCAACCUGAAAUCAUUCAGUUUAAAGAGAAACGCAUUGAGUCUCUUGGAGAUGAACCCGUAGAAUUUAAAAAGAGAAAGUUCAACAAUCCCAAAAGAAAUAUGCGUCAAAAACUAGAUGAUGACUGAUACCAUAAUAAAAUAAAAUUUGUAAAUAGGAAACAUUGUUUUUUAUUCUUUAGAAAUU